AUGAAUACAUCUAUUCCUGAAAUUUCAUCACGUUAUUUACCUUUAAUGACAUCGGUGAAAUAUACAGUUAGUGAAAUGUCUAAAAUUCAUGAAAAUGCCGAAUGCAAUAAAGAAAUUUGCUCAAUAAUGAUGAAGCUUGUGAGGAAGGCAGAAAUAGAAAUGAAUUUAAUGAUAAUAGACAUGAAUGAUAAUAUGAAGAAUAUUAUUCAAAAUAAUUAUUAUGCGAGCUUUAAAAGUUUUAAAAUUAUUCUAUCAAAUAUUAGAGAAUAUAUCAAGAAUGUGUCAACGCUUAGGGGUUAUAAAAAGUAUCUUAGUGCAAAAGAAGUUAGAAACAAAUUUAAUAAUUUGAUUAAUGAAUAUAAUAAUUGUAUAGAACGUUUACAGUUUACACAGUUUGCUUUAAAAACUGUCGAUGAAAUUAAUGGUAAUUCCGAUGUAGAAAAAGUCGAUAAAGAUAUAAAUGAAGUGGAAGAUACUCUUCAAAAUAUUACUUGCAAAGAUAAUCGGAGCAUCGACGCAAUAGUCCAAGAAGUAUCAAUAAUAAGAAUCCAAACUGCUAAACAACAAGGCGAUGUUCGUGCACAGAGGAUUAAUUCAAGCGAACUAAAAGAUCUUCUUAUACCACUUGAAAAUCAUCGUGGUCGUAUAGUUAAGAAAUUAUAUAAUGAUUCUGAAGUUGCAUGCAAACCCAUUGGCGAUUAUAAGAAUCAAGAAAGUGAUUUAACAAUUCUUGGAAAAUUACAAUCAGAGUACAUACUUCGUUUUUAUGGUCUUUCAAGUGUAGAUAAUCUUAAAGUCAUAGUACUUGAAUGGACUAAUAAUGGAACUUUAAAGGAACUUUAUAACACUUAUAUCAUUCCUUGGACUAGAAAAUUACAAAUUGUUCGAGAUAUAUGUCGUGGCAUUAUAUCAAGCGAUUUGGUCCCAAAACUUGGAAAUUUCAGAUGUACUCGUGAAGUAAAUGUAAGAGCUAAGAAUCUUUCAGGUUUAGUAACAGAUGUUAUUCGUUGGAUGGCUCCUGAACAACUUGAGAGAUAUGAAAAAUAUAGACGUGAUGAAAAUACAUAUACAUUUAGUUGUGAAAUGUUUAGUUUCGGUAUGCUAAUAUGGGAACUUUGUUACGAAAAGAUGCCAUAUGAAAACUUGGAGAUUAAAGAAAUAUCUGAUCAUGUUAUAAGUGCAUGGCAUCAUAAACCACAUCAACGAAUAUCUCUUGCAGGCUUACAUUUAACACUCGAAAAAUUGGUCGAAAACUUUCCAAUACCUUUUGACACGCCAAUACCUUUACAAGAUAAAAUUUCAAAACUUGAAGAAGCAAUGGAUGUUGAUAGUCCAUCUGUUGACUUUUUGAUACCUCUUGAAAAAGGAGUAGAACUUCAUAAAAAUAGAGAUCAUAAAGCUGCCUUAGAAUGUUUUGAAGAAAAUGCUAAACUUGGUGAUCCUCUUGCAAAAUAUUGGCUGGGUUACUACCUAUCUUAUGGGUAUGAUGUCAUAGAAAUAGAUAAGGAACGAGCGAAAAACCUUUUUAAAGAAGCUGCUGAUCAUGAUCAUUCUGAUGCUCAAUGUCGAUAUGCUGUUGCUUUACUAUCUGAUCUUAAGAAAGAUGAUCCUGAAUCUAAAAAAGAAGAAAAUAGAAAUGAAAUAAUACAUUAUUUUAAAUUGGCUGCUAAUAACAAAAAUCCUAAUGCUAUGUAUUACUUAGCAGAUAUUUAUAUCAAUGGAAAGCUUAAAGUACAAUCUGAUAAAGAACUUGGAAUGAUGUAUUUAAAAUUAGCUGCUGAUCAUAAUUAUGAAAAAGCUGUUAAUUUAUUAAAGCAAUUGAAUGAUGCUAAGAAAGAUGCUGAGAAUGAUGGUAAAAACGUCGUUAAGAAUGACGUUAAGAACGAUAUUAACAAGGAUGUUAAAACCGAAAUUAUGAAUGGAGUUGUAAAUGGAGUUACGAAUAAAGUUGAGAAUGAUAAAGUUGGGAAUGAAAAAGCUGGGAACGAUAAAGUUGAAAACGAUAAAAUUAAGAACGAUAAAGUUGAGAGUGAUAAAGUUAAGAAUGAGAUUAAGAACGAAGUUAUGAAUGAAAAUAAGAGUGAAGAGAAGAGUGAAGCUAUGAAUGAAGAGAAGAGUGUAGCUAUGAGUGAAGAGAAAAGUGUAGCUAUGAAUGAAGAUAAGGGUGAAGAUAAGAGUGAAGAGAAGAGUGAAGCUAUGAAUGAGGAUAAGAGUGAAGAGAAGAUGAAUGAAGAUAAGAGUGAAGAGAAAAGUGAAGCCAUGAAUGAAGAUAAGAGUGAGGAGAAGAGUGAGGCUAUGAAUGAAGAUAGGAGUAAGAGUGAAAUGAUAAGUGAUACGAAUGAAGUUAAAAAUGGUGAUAAAAAUAAAGUAAUAAAUAAAGAUGAAAACGGCGUUAAGAAUGAAAUUAUGAAUGAAGAUAGGAGUGAUGUGAUGAGUAUAGAUAAUUAUGAAGUAAUAAAUGAGGAUAAGAAUAAAGAAAUGAAUGAUGAUAAGCAAGAAAAUAUGGACGAAGACAGGACUGGUUUUGGGAAUCAAAAUUUGAACUAUUGUAGCAAAACACACUUUGGGCAUGGUGGUAGUGGUAUAAAAAGGAGCAACUUGG